CUGUCAACAUCCUCCUCCCUGGUCAUCAAGCUCCUAUAACAAUGAAGUGCUUGUUGGUGCUCCUUCUGGCACUAUGCCAUAUUUUACCAGUGUACUGCGCAGAUGAAAUAGCUUGUGGUCCCUCUAACUGUGACUGUGACUUAUCCAAAUAUAAUAUAACAGUGGUCCCUGCAAAUGUAACAGUUGAGUGCUCUAAUGGAGAAAUGGACAUAUACAUUUCUAAGUGUCAACUGCAAAAGAACAAUUUUAAUAUCUACAAUCUGGAACUGAGUAAUAACACUGGAAGUGAAUGUAACAACUUGAAUGUGUCUGUGAAUAAUGAACCUCAACUAGCUUUUCACAAUCCUCUGGCUUUUGGGAAAUGUGGCAACAAUAUAACAAUUAAUGAAAGUUAUGUGACUUUUUCCAAUGUACUGAAGAUUUACACAACAUCAUCACAUAUAAUAACUAGAAACAAUGUUUCUGUGACUGUUAGCUGCACAUUUCCCUUGAAUUAUACCAUUACUCUAAAUACCACCCUCAAGCCAAAACUCACGACUGCACAAUUAACUAUACCUGGGGUGUUCGGUGCUGUAACUGUACUUAUGGCUCUAUACAAAGAUGACACAUUUACAGAACAAAUUACGGACGCAAAUUCAGAUCUGUCAAUUGACAGUUAUGUUUAUGUGGGAUUUAAUAUACCAAGUUUGCAAGCAAGCACAUUCUCAAUUAAAGUGAUAAGUAUACAAGCCUCUACACUAGAAAACAGUGGAGACGUAUAUAACCUGACUAAAGGACCAGAUGGCUGUCCAGAUCCCUCUUUUGGAACCGAUUUAAUCAGUGUAAUUCAGAAUGGAAAUGGCAGUGAAGCACGAUUUAAACUGAAAGUUUUCAAGAUUGCAAACAAUGAUUAUGUCUACCUAUCUGCAAGAGUUACAAUCUGUAGCACAGUAUGUUUGCCACAAUGCAAUGGAGCCCGGAUUGCUAAAUCAGGUGACACCUCCUCAUCACAGAACGUAGCAGUAAUGGAAAUGGAUGUAUUUACCUCAAACGAUUACACUUCUGGAGCCACUGACCGUUUCUCCAAGACAUCGACAUCAAUGUUGCUCAUCUCAUUACUUCUCUUUGUGAAGUUAAUAUAAAGUCUGUAUUUUACACACCCACAUGGAUAAAAGGAGCUGAAUACAAGGAUGAAGAAACAGCAUCUUCUGUUUAUUGAUAUAAGGCCUAAUCCUAAUUGCCUGCUUCCAAUGUCAGAACAAAUACUGGUGGAAAUAGGUGUGCUAUCAUGUCAGCCUUUUGAUGCACCACACUGGUUCCUCUUUAAAAGAGAAGUAUGGUUUGCUUUUUUUUUUUUCCAAGAAUCAUACUUACCUUGGUGGAUGUAGCA